AGUGCUUUUUAAUCAUUGUACUAAAGGAUUUGAGGCUAGCUGGGAUUUUGGGGCUCUUUUCAAAGAGAGGCAAACUUUUGUGCUACUGUUUUUAUUGUGCUAACAUCUGCUAUUUUUCAGAUUAAAGCAUUCACUUAGUUUUACGCAGUACCCUUUCGAUGGCACAUAUCAGUAUCAACCAAUAUUUGCAGCAGGUACUAGAAUCUAUUGACAGCAGAGAUGGAUUAUUUUGUGCAGAAUUAGUGUCAUUUAAACAUCCUCAUGUUGCAAAUCCUAGACUGCAGCUUUCAUCUCCAGAAGAAAAAUGUCAACAAGUGCUGGAACCACCUUAUGAUGAGAUGUUCGCUGCUCACUUAAGGUGUACUUACGCGGUUGCCAACCAUGACUUUGUAGAAGCUUACAAAUGCCAAACAGUUGUAGUACAAUCUUUCCUGAGAGCUUUUCAAGCACACAAAGAAGAAAACUGGGCUUUGCCUAUUAUGUAUGCAGUAGCACUUGAUCUUCGAAUUUUUGCCAACAGUGCUGAUCAACAACUGGCAAAAAAAGGCAAAGGCAAAGUUGGUGACAUGUUGGAAAAAGCAGCUGAACUUCUUAUGAGCUGUUUCCGUGUAUGUGCAAGUGACACUCGAGCCAGCAUUGAGGAUUCAAAAAAGUGGGGCAUGUUGUUUCUGGUGAAUCAACUAUUUAAAAUUUAUUUUAAGAUCAAUAAACUUCACCUGUGUAAACCAUUGAUAAGAGCAAUUGAUAGCUCAAACCUUAAAGAUGAAUAUAGCAUGGCACAAAGAGUUACAUACAGAUAUUACGUUGGAAGGAAGGCCAUGUUUGAUAGUGAUUUUAAACAAGCUGAAGAGUAUCUGUCUUUUGCCUUUGAGCACUGUCACCGCUCCAGUCAGAAAAACAAAAGGAUGAUACUGAUUUAUUUGCUCCCAGUGAAAAUGUUACUGGGCCAUAUGCCAAUGGUCCAGCUUUUAAAAAAGUAUGACCUCAUGCAGUUUGCAGAAGUUACAAAAGCUGUGAGUGAAGGGAACCUUCUUUUAUUAAAUGAUACUCUGGCAAAACAUGAGACCUUUUUCAUUCGCUGCGGUAUCUUCCUUAUUCUUGAGAAGUUGAAAAUCAUCACCUAUAGAAAUCUCUUCAAGAAAGUAUAUUUGUUACUUAAAACUCACCAGUUGGCUCUAGAUGCCUUUCUGGUUGCCCUGAAAUUCAUGAAAGUCACUGAUGUUGAUAUCGAUGAAGUUCAGUGCAUUUUGGCUAAUCUCAUUUACAUGGGUCAUAUUAAGGGCUAUAUAUCACAUCAGCAUCAGAAGCUUGUUGUCAGCAAGCAAAAUCCUUUCCCUCCACUUUCUACUGUCUGCUGAAUUGAGAUUGGAGGAAUGUUGCUCACAGGCAGGAGCCUCCUUCAAAGGGUGGAACAGUCUUUGCAUUUAGGACAAGUCGAUGGGGAGCUAAUAGGGACCUGUUGAAGAGAUUACUGCAGCACUGAAGAGAGCAGCACAGCCUCUACCAGUUUCUUCCACUCAUUGCGAUCCCUUCUCUGUAGUCUUCAGUACCACCUUCUGGAAGGCAAUUUUCCCCAACCCUGCGGAGCAGUUUUCAGGGUAGGUACAGAAUGAACUGUGUAUUAUGCCAUCAGAAAUGUGUUACUGGUUCAAAAGUUUUCUGAUCCAAUCCAGUUAUUCUUGGUAAAAAUCUCAGACUGAAUAAACCACAUUAUAUUCUG